CCAUUGGAUUUGAAGAGAGCUUGAGCUUGAAGAGACUUGCACAGACCCAAUUGCUAGAUUAAGCAUAAGAAGAAGUAUGGAGGUGGCCAAGGAGCUUGAAGAUGACUUGUUCUUUGCAGACUUGACUAAGCAAAUCUCUCUUCUUAUCAUGGAUGAUGAUGAUCAAGACCCUAUUGCCACUUGCCCUUCUGUUUCUCUUCAGGCUUUCUCUUGUGCAAUUCAUCCACCAGCUCAAGUCCCUGCUUAUCUGUAUGAGCAAUCUUGCAAAAGAGAAACCAAAGGAACUGGAGUUUUCAUCCCGCAAUCGACAGCGCCGAGAAGAAAGCAUAAUAGGCCAGGGAAAUACACUAAUGCAUACAACAACACAAAACCCCACAACAGAUCACAAGCUGAUCAGCCCAACAGGAAAAUGGUUUCCCAACUACCUUCAGACUUUGCUUUUAGACCAAGAAAUGGCAGAGAGUAGAAGAACAACAACCUUACUAAGUUUACAGUGAAAUAAAAUUUCCACCGAUGAAUCCCUUUUGGGCCAAAUUUGGCCAGGCAAUUCAAGGAGUUUAUGAUACUACUUUUAAAGUUAUGGUGAUGAAGAUGUACAUGUAUGGCAGGGCAAGGAGAAUAAAGCUACAUAUUUUUGUAAAGGGGGAGGCUUAACCAAAGGUUUUUAAGCCUCCAAUUGGGAACAUGUAUGGUUAUUGUUAGGUUGGAUAUAGGAUGAGCAUUUCUAAUUCAUUAAUUAGAUGCUAUUAAUCAAAUUGUUUUAUUCUUAUUUUUGUAUCAGUUGAUAACCAACUCAAUAAUGUAAUUGAUUUUCUUGUCCAAUUUGUAUGGAAAAUUUCAAUUUAUUGA